CAACGACCUUCUCCCAGCUCCUGGUCAUUCUCCCAGCUCCUGGUUCAGCGAAGGAUUGGAUUUGUCAAAAUCCAGUAUCCCACUCCAGAUCGUGAAAUUUCUGAAUCUGCGUGGGGAGACUGCCAAGCCAAAGAACUGCUGCUGCAUCAGACCUGGGUUUCAGCUAGUGCGUGUUCAUCAUCAUCAUAACCCCAAUGCCGCAAAGGCUCCCACACCUUCGGUGGGAGUAAUGGAGGUCAGAUUUACGCAAUCUUACCCCUCUACUAAAGCACAGAGAGAUUGUUUCCGGAUGACCCAUGGUGAAAAUCUCGCCGAAAAUUGCAUGGACUGACUGUUGCUUCGUAACAAAGAAGCGCAGACAGUUUAUUUGUGAGUUUGGGAGAUGAGUAAGAAAUUUGGUGGAGGAAAGACUCCCACAGGAACUCCAUCUCUUGCGUGGUCAUGUGUUGUAGUUAUUGCCUCUUUGCUCACCGGUGCAUCUGUUGUUCACAACUACUUUAAACCUGAUUUGACUCUUCCACAGUUAGAAAGCAAUGACGGGGCUAAGCAAGAAGAAGUGAAGAAGCAAUAAUUUCCCUCCCACAAUAGGGCAGGAGUUGUUGGAAACUCCACCUCAAAAUCCAAUAUAAUAUACUGGAAAAAAGAAAUUGAGUAUUUUUUUUGCCUUGUGUAUUCUUUGUUGAGGUUAUGUCUAAAAUAUUAGUAAAAAAAAAGUCAUGGACAAAGAAGUGAACUUCUUCCUCAAUUUCCAAAAAUGAGACUAAAAAGAAUUUAGGAGACUAUUAUACCCUUAUACUAAUAUUAUUUCACCCAUUAUUGCUA